CUUUGGCCCUACAGGUUUCCAACCGAUGGGUUCCUGCUUCUGGCCCUGCUGCUCUACGCACCCGUGGGGCUCUGCCUGCUCGUCCUGCGCCUCUUUAUCGGCAUACACGUCUUUCUGGUCAGCUGCGCCCUGCCUGACAGCGUGCUGCGACGGUUUAUUGUACGUGUGAUGUGCUCAGUGCUGGGCUUAUUUGUGCGGCAAAGUGAUCCCCGGCUUCGUGAUGUCAAUGUGAGGGUGUAUAUCGCCAACCAUGUGACACAGUUUGAUCACAAUGUCAUCAACCUUCUGACCUCAUGUAAUACGCCUGCAUUGAACGGUGCCCCUGGCUUCAUCUGCUGGUCACGGGGAUUCAUGGAGCUGGGAGUAACAGGAAGCCGAGCAGAGCUGGUGGAUUCCCUGAAGGUAUAUUCAUCCCACAGAGGAAACCCACCACUGCUGUUGUUCCCAGAGGAGGCUGCCACCAACGGCCGGGCUGGCUUACUCCGCUUCAGCUCUUGGCCGUUCUCAAUCUUGGAUGUGGUACAGCCAGUUGCCCUACAAGUUCAGAGGCCUUUGAUCACUGUGAGUGUGGCUGACUCCUCCUGGAUUACAGAGCUGCUCUGGACCUUCUUUGUUCCCUUCACAGUUUAUCAAGUAAGGUGGAUGCCGUCUGUCCCCAGACGAGCUGAAGAACUGAGUGAGGAUUUUGCGCUCCGAGUUCAGGAGCUCUUGGCCAUGGAGCUGGGUGUGGUAUCCACACGGCUCACUGCAGCAGAUAAAACUGAACACAUGAAGAGGCUGAGACACACAUCACUUCUCCCCUUUGCCCCAGCCUCAAGCCAGCCCCUGGCAGCCAGGCCCAGGAUGCCUUCCAGCCUGACUGGUGUUGCUCCUGAGGAUGUGCGGAUCACGGCAAUGGCUCAGCGGGUCAAGGAGGUGCUGCCUCAUGUGCCUCUGGAGGUCAUCAGGAUAGACCUGGCCCAAACCAACUGUGUGGAUACCACCAUUGCCAACUUGCUGGAAGGGAGAGUACCCUUCUUCCCUGAAAGUAAGGAGGCUGGUACUGACCUGCCUGCCCCAUCUGCCUCCCAGGCUGCAGCUGCUUCUGGCAUCCAAGGCUCCGUAGCUGUGCCUUCUUCCAAGCCAGCUACAAAGCAAUUUGCAAAGUCCCCUGUGGAGCGGCAUCUGUCCUUGCAGGAGCGGAAACGAGCAUUGUACGACUAUGCCAGGAGGUGAGAGUCCACCCACACCUCACCCUGUCAGAGUCCCAAAACCCCAUCCCCAGCAGUACCCAGAUAUGCCCCAAGCAAGGGUCAGCCCUC